UGCAUUGCUGCCUCCACCACUGUCAUCUCCAGCAGUGGCCAGUAAGUUCAUUGCUGCCUCCACCACUGUCAUCUCCAGCAGUGGCCAGUAAGUUCAUUGCUGCCUCCACCACUGUCAUCUCCAGCAGUGGCCAGUCUUAACUGCUCUCUCCAACGUUAAUUAAUUCUCUCUGACACUCGCUAGUACUCUCCAGUACAUUCUUUAGCAUUCAUCACCAUGCAGAUACACAUCUUAGUUGACUUACUACUGUUAGUGGCCGUCAUAGCUGCUGCCCCACAAGACCGCAUCUCAGACGACCUGCAGGAUGAGCCCAUAUUGUCAGCAGAAGAUGAUUUUAUCUACGACCGACGUAAGCGACAGACUGCAGUAUCCGGAGGAGCCAAUGUUGAAAAUCUUCCUCAUGGCAUCCGGAAGGAGACCGCAAACAUCAACCUGGAACACAGCAUCAACAAACACACAUUCGGCGCUGGCAUCGAUUAUGAACGUCACAGGAUUCCUGGAUUUUCUGACCCAAAGAACGUGGGAGCUAACAUUGGUUACAAGUUCCAACCUAACAAAGACACCACCUUCUCCAUUAAUGCUGGACACAGUCGUGGUAGUGGUGGCAGGUCCAACAGUUUUGGACUGGGCUUCCGUCAUGUCUUCUGAACAUAAGGAAUCACAAGAUGUCGUGAGUGAUGGAGAAUUACCAACACCUGAGCACUGAGCACCUGAGCAUUGAAUACCUUAGCACUGAACACCUGAACAUUGAACACCUGAGCAUUGAACACUAAACACUGACAAGAUUCUCUACAUCAACGGCGACUUUUAUUAGGUUAUUAGGUUGAAUUUCUCAUUAUCUUAUAAUUUUUGCUUGUUUUUGAUAACAGGUCUAAGGUGAUCAUAAAUACAGAAUACCAAACA